AACAUCCCAGCUGUUUCUCUCUUUGGUAUCCCUUGACUUUACCCCCAGUCAAUACCUGGCGUGUCUAAACUUGCAGAAUGGCUGCAACAACUCAGUCCAGCCAUACCAGCGCCGACUCCUCCUCAAAUCCCGCCGAGUCUGCAGCCUCUCAACAUGUCUGGAGUUUCAAGCCACCGCCGUUCGAGCCAGUUCAGUACAUCCCGAAGAGAGAUCGGGAUGAAACCCGCGGAUUUGCAGUUCUCGAGACCAGCGCCGUCGCCCACGAGCCGCUUAACAACGGCGGCAACCACUGGACGUUCUACCUCACCGUCGCCCCAAACCCCCUCGAUCUUGAAGACAGGCGCCUGGUGCAACUCGACUCGACACCCAGCGGAACGCCCUCCGGUGGCGGAGGCAGCGGUUCCAAAGCAAACAUCGUCAUCAGCCUCCUCGAGGAUCGGGAGUUCAGCCGGGCUCAGUGCAUCUGCCGACUAAAGACCCGGGAUUCUCUCACGAUCGGCGAUGUCGUCGACGCCAUCACUGAUCACGGGAGGGAAAAGUACGACUUUGACGACCGCGGGCGCGGCUGUAAGAAGUGGACGGCCGACCAGAUGGAUUUAUUCUUGAAAGUAGGAAUAUUUCUCCAGGAAGACGAUGUAUCGAAUGCCAAGAAGGACAUGAUGUUCCAAUGGGACGCAUUCCGGCGGUCUGGCGAUCAUUCGGAGUGGGCUCUUGGGAUCUACUACUGAUGAGCUGCUGAUGGGAUUGGGCAUGCGAUUGCGAAAUCAGAAAAGCUCUAAAGGUAUGAACCACGUCGGCGGUACUUCCUUAGAUACAUACGCCGGAUUAGAGAGAAGCAA